GCCGGUGCAAGCAAGCUGAAGAAGGCACAGGGUGAGUGUGCCUUCCUCAGCAGCUUGACUUGGGGUGGAUUCAGAUUUGCUGAAGCUUUCUUUGGCACAGUUGCUCCUGGCGCCUCGCAGAAUGCUGCAGGUGAAGACGCAUGCUUUAUGGAUGCCCAUGCGCUUGGU